CCGGGAAGGCGCCGGCGGGAUCGUUGGGACCUUCCCGGUAGCAUCCGUGAGCGCAGAAAGCCGCGGCAGCUGCGGGCUGCGGCGGCGGCGCGGGAGUCCGGCGCGAGUGAACCACGGCGGAGAGAAGGUCUCUCCAGGACAUCAUGCGGAGUGCCACCAAGCCCUGGAGUCCAGUUGCCAAAGCAGGCAGCCAUGGCCCUGAUCGCACCCGGCCCCUCCCUGGGACCCCUUCCGGCAUGAAGAGUUCCAAGUCUUCAACCUCGCUGGCCUUUGAGUCUCGGCUUAGUAAGCUCAAGAGGGCCAGCAGUGAGGACAUGCUCACCAAACCUGGAACCGCCUCAGCCGGGGCAGUGCGACUGAAGAAGACCUCCACCUCCGGAGCCAUCUCCGAGCUCACUGAGAGCCGCCUGAGAAGCACCGCAGGGGCAGUUCCAACAACCAAACGGACAGGCAUUCCAGCCCCACGGGAACUCUCAGUAACUAUCUCAAGAGAGAGGUCUGUGCCACGUGGUCCCUCCAGCUCAAAGAAGUUGGGCUCUAGUCCAACUUCCUCCUGCACUCCCACUCCCACCAAGCACCUGAGGAGCACCUCCGCGAAACCUAAGCAAGAGCACGAGGGCACAGAGAAGUCUGUACUCGAGUCUCAGGUUCGGGAACUUCUGGCAGAAGCCAAAACCAAAGACAGUGAAAUCAACAGGCUUCGAAGCGAACUAAAAAAAUGUAAAGAAAGGUGGGCCCUAAGCACUGAGGACACCAGUGCAUCAGACCCAAGUGCAGAGGGAACGUCAGCCCCAGUAGGCGACACAGAACCUUUGAUAAGAACCCUGGAGGAGAAGAACAAGACCUUUCAGAAAGAGCUUGCUGACCUAGAGGAAGAAAACAGGGCCUUGAAGGAGAAGCUGACUUACCUUGAACAGUCACCAAAUUCAGAAGGGGCAGCAAGUCACACUGGUGACAGCAGCUGCCCAACCUCUAUAACCCAGGAGUCCAGCUUCGGAAGCCCAGUUGGCAAUGAGUUGUCCAGUGAGGCCGAUGAGUAUAGAAGAAGCGCACAUGGCAGCGCAUUACGGACAUCGGGGUCUUCAAGCAGUGAUGUCACUAAAGCCUCUCUGUCACCAGAUGCCUCGGAUUUUGAGCACAUCACUGCAGACACCCCAUCUCGGCCCCUGUCGGCCACCAGCAACUCUUUUAAGGGCUCCAAGGGCUCCCCUGCUGCGAGCUCCCCAAACAAUGCGAGUGAGCUGUCGUUGGCAUCGCUAACUGAGAAGAUCCAGAAGAUGGAGGAGAAUCAGCACAGCACCGCGGAAGAGCUGCAGGCCACCCUGCAGGAAUUAUCAGACCAGCAGCAGAUGGUGCAGGAGCUGACAGCCGAGAACGAGAAGCUGGUGGAUGAGAAGACCAUUUUAGAGACCUCCUUCCACCAGCACCGAGAGAGGGCAGAGCAACUGAGUCAGGAAAACGAGAAACUGAUCAACCUCUUACAAGAGCGAGUGAAGAACGAGGAGCCUAGUGCCCAAGGAGGAAAAAUCCUUGAGCUGGAGCAGAAGUGCACGGAUAUUCUUGAGAAGAGCCGCUUUGAAAGAGAGAAGCUGCUCAACAUUCAGCAGCAGCUGACCUGUAGCCUACGGAAGGUUGAGGAAGAAAACCAAGGAGCUAUAGACAUGAUCAAGCACCUGAAGGAGGAAAAUGAGAAGCUGAAUGGGUUCCUAGAACACGAACGGUGUAAUAAUAGUGUGAUGGCCAAAACUUUGGAGGAGUGUAGAGUUACCUUGGAAGGCUUGAAAAUGGAGAAUGGGUCCUUGAAGGCUCAUUUGGAGGCUGAUAAGCAAAAGGCCGUAGAGGCCAGCGGUACCGUGGGGCAGACAGCAGAGAGCUUCGAGGCUCAGGAAAUGCUGAAGGCGGCCCGAGCUGAGAAAGACCAAUUGCAACUGUCUUGCACGGAGCUCAGACAAGAAUUGCUAAAGGCAAAUGGUGAAAUUAAACACGUUUCCAGCCUGCUAGCGAAGAUGGAAAAAGAUUAUUCUUACCUGAAGGAGGUCUGUGAUCACCAAGCAGAACAACUGAGCAGAACCAGCCUAAAAUUACAAGAGAAAGCUUCGGAGAGCGACGCAGAAAUCAAAGACAUGAAAGACACCAUAUUUGAAUUGGAAGAUCAGGUGGAACAGCACCGCGCUGUCAAGUUACACAACAAUCAGCUCAUUAGCGAGCUGGAAAGCAGUGUGAUCAAGCUGGAGGAGCAGAAGUCAGACCUAGAACGGCAGUUGAAGACCCUGACAAAACAGAUAAAGGAGGAAACUGAGGAAUGGAGGCGGUUCCAGGCAGACCUGCAGACUGCAGUGGUGGUGGCCAAUGACAUCAAGUGUGAGGCCCAGCAGGAGCUGCGCACUGUGAAGAGGAGGUUGUUGGAGGAGGAAGAGAAAAAUGCCAGGCUGCAGAAGGAGCUGGGGGACAUGCAGGGACACAGCAGACCUGUGAAUGAAGGGACAGAGCCCUCGGAGGUUGAUGCUGCUGGCCGGUGGCGUGGAGUCUACAUCAACAGAACACCUCCAGCUCCUUCAGACUCGGCAACCACUGUGAAGUCUCUGAUCAAGUCAUUUGACUUAGGACACUCAGGUGGAGCUGGACAGAGUAUUUCCGUCCACAAGACUCCCAGAAGUCCCCUGAGUGGGAUCCCAGUGAGGACUGCUCCGGCAGCUGCUGUCUCUCCAAUGCAGAGACAUUCGACUUACAGCACCAUGCGGCCUGCCAGCAAAGGGAUGGCUCAGCGCUUGGAUCUGCCGGACCUUCCCCUCUCAGAUCUUCUGAAGGGAAGGGCCGAGGACCGGAAGUCAGACCCUUACCUCCGAAAGAGUCCCUCACUGGAGUCCCUGAGCAGACCCCCUUCCCUGGGCUUUGGGAACACCAGACUGCUGAGUGCGUCCACCGGGGGUCUGAAACCAAGCAAGCUCAGUGUUGAAAGAAGAGACCCUCUGGCAGCCCUGGCCCGGGAGUACGGCGGCUCUAAGCGUAAUGCACUCCUGAAAUGGUGUCAGAAGAAGACAGAAGGUUAUGCGAACAUUGAUAUCACCAAUUUCAGCAGCAGCUGGAGUGACGGACUGGCCCUCUGUGCUCUGCUCCAUACCUACCUGCCUGCCCACAUCCCAUACCAGGAGCUGAACAGUCAGGAGAAAAAAAGGAACCUCUUGUUGGCAUUUGAAGCAGCUGAAAGUGUAGGCAUCAAACCCAGCUUGGAGCUCAGUGAGAUGCUGUACACGGACCGGCCUGACUGGCAGAGCGUGAUGCAGUAUGUGGCCCAGAUCUACAAGUACUUUGAGACAUAAACAGAAGACCCAACAACAGCCGCGGCCUCUUGGCCUGAAGUUAGCCCCGGAAGCACCUGCUCACUGUCCACCACACCUGCUGUGCCCACCACCUAGCCAUCCGGAUUUCCAAGAAAGGCUUAAGCCAAGUGGACCAGCACUCCGUGGAGAAGCAGAGCUGGCUCCAUCUCAGAUGCAAACGUGUCUGGAGCCCAUGCUCAGGAAUCCUUGUUCCCAAUGGGAAGUUUCUAGAGAGGCAGGCCUGGCUUCUCACACACUGGGUCUCAAACCCAGGCCCUCCUCUGUGAGAUUCCCGAGUGUUGCCAGUCCCAUUCGCUGCCCACAUGUGGCCUACACACUGACAAACAGCCCGUCAAUCACCGUGUCUCUUCUCCUUCUCCUUCUCCUUCUCCUUCUCCUUCUCCUUCUCCUUCUCCUUCUCCUUCUCCUUCCUCCUCCUCCUCCCUCCUUCACUAAAACCGCUCUAGCUUUGCUUUAUUCAAAACUUUGUCCUUAUCAGCUGCUAACCCCCCAAAUAAAAGAACAACCCUACAAAACACAAAAUCAAAAGCAGCUUUUGCUUCUUAGCAACCUGGAAACACACUGAUUAGGGAAAUAGUAUGCUCACUAGGUUCUGUAUAACCGAGGGCUAAAUAACACUUUAUAUAGAUCUCACUGUCCCUAUUAGAUUCCUCACAAGUGCAAAGGGACACUUAGGGACCUUGCCGAGGGCCCAUGGGAGACCAGCUGGCAUGCUCGUUAACCACACAGCCUGAGUGCAGCGCUGGUGUCCUGGCUGAUGAGAACUGUGACCAUUGUCCACGGCACCUUCUGCCCUGCUAUUGACUGACAGUCCCGUUCAUACACACAUCUGCCGAACACAGAGAACUCAACACAAGUCUCGCGUGCGAAGCGGCCUGUGAUGGCGAGCUCCCUUUACAUUUGCACAGUUCCGCAGGCUGAGAGGUGCGCCCCUUGGGAUCCUGGGUGGACAAGAAAUAUAAACCACGUUUUGGCUCCAAACAGCCUUGACCCUUGGUACUUGUUGGGCCUUUUACAUUUGCCUAAUGAAAGAAGCUGUUAGGAGUGGAGAUGGUGGCUCUGUCCCCCAAAACCCCGCUGGUUCCCUAAGAAGCAGCGCACGGCCCUCUCCGUGAGUGCUCAAGCCAGGUGGCUCUCGACAGUGGUUCCCAACCUUCCUAAUGCUAGGAGUUCCUCAUGUUGUGGAGACCCCCAACCAUAAAAUUAUGUCAUUGCUACUUCAUAACUGUAAUUUUGCUACCGUUAUGAAUCAUAAUGUAAAUAUCUGGCAUGCAGAAUAUCUGAUAUGAGACCCCCGAAGGGGUCCCAACCCACAGGCUGAGACCACUGCUCUAGACACUUUUUGCUAUUUUCUUAGACAAACAAAUGUGCACUUCACAGCAAAUGAGGGUGCCGCUCUCUCAGACAGUUGGGUAUGCACAAACACCCAUUCCUGUUCUAAGUGCCAAAUAGCCCUGAACUGGCCCUUGGACAAAGGACCAUAUGCUCACAGCAACCCCUGAGAAUGACCGCCAUAGUUACAGUGAAUCUGCCUGCUUGUCUGAGCCAGUCUGCUGGCCCAGCCCUUAUCCUUGGAGGACCUGGGUUCUGUCCCUCCCUCCAGCCCUUCCCUCUGAUGGGUGGCAGCUGGGUAUAGCAGCUUGAUUCUCAAGCUAAUGUAGCCUCAUGGGACCACAGACUCCACCUUCAGGCUCUAUCUGAAGUGCUUGGCUGUGGCUCCCUACAGAUCCCCUGGGACUCCUCUAGGAACUGCAUGCCUGACCCUCAGAUCAGGUGAGUUAGAAUAACUGGAACGGAGCAGAGAUGGAGUCUGCACAUGCUCACAGUUCUCCAGAACUGGUGGGCAGCCCUGCAGAGGGGUAGGACACUAUUCCUGGCCCCUCAUUCUCCCCACAGGAGCUGCUGGUCCCUUCAUCUCCAAGUGGAAACUGAGGCCUCAGAACCUCCUUGCUGAUAAAUGGGUCCCUCCCAAGGCUGCUGCUUGGGCUGCCUCCCAUCCCCAUGUGUUGACAUAAUUGAUGAUGUGCCCCCCUCCCCUCCCCACUGCCUCCAUGGGUCUGCUUUGCCCAGCCAUCAUGGCGGGGUGGGGUCAGGAGGAGUGCUGCCCACACAGCUGGGUGUUGUUUCUUCAGGGGUGAUCUCUGGAGUUGUGUAGGAAAGGCCACAGUUAAGGCACGGGAGUUUAGUCUGUCCCUGGCUGUUCUCGGGGUGCUGUCUAAGAACCUAGAGCUCUCAGCAGAGCCGUCCCCAUGCUGGUCUCCAGACACCUCGCAGUGUCUGUAAGUAGAGGCACUUCGGGGCCCCAGGGCGCUGAGGACCGGCCAGCCACAUCUGCUCUUGUCUGUGUUCUCUUUGGGGUUUCCCCUGACUGCUGCCGUUCUUGCCAGGGGGCACAGAAGAGGGACACCAUGCCCUCUCAAUAGAAGCAGCUGUUGCUGGCGGUUGGGGGCGAGGCAGAGGGAUGCGUGCCUGACAGAGUUCCAGCCCUCUGCCAAGGUGCCGUACUACUGCGGGUGGAGGUGCAGGGUCUGGGAAGAGCUCCAGGGAACAGAAAUGAAUGUGGAAAACUGACCAGCUAAGAACAGAAGCAUUGCGGGGAGCGGGGCACCUUACUUUUUCUUGUUUUUGUUUCAUGUUUGGUUUUGUUGUCGUUUAUUUGUUUUGCUUUGUUUUGAGUUCUGUGAAACAGGAUCCCAUGUAGCCCGGGCUGGCCUUGAACCCCUGGUCUUGCUGCUUUUGCCUCCUGGGUGCUGACAUUGGAUUCCAUGCCCAGCUUUGGUGCUUUGUUCUUGCUGUUUUCUUUGCUUCUCUGCAAACCACCCUUCAGAGGCCAUCAGAGGCCUCCAUAGCCACGUUUCUUUCCAUCUGCCCUCAGCUAAGCACAAAGAGAACUGCAAAAUGCAAGGCCCUGGGAAGCUCAGACGUGUUGAGAAGUCUGUGGUUCUCUGCACUCAGUGUGUCUGAACUGUUGGCGGGUGGCAGUGCUGAGGCCAUUGCCCACAGUGACAGUGUCCCAAGGAAUGUCCCUCUUCCUAGUCCCUUCUCACUUCAGCAGCCACGCUUUCCUUAGUUCUCAUUCUUCAUCCAGUUGUUCCUCAGCUUUUGUAGACCAUCCAGAAUACAAGCCAUGGCUAGAAGACAGAAACCCAUGUCCUGCCUAGCAUAGGGCCACCGCCCGUGGCUUCAGGUAUCCUGGAGAUGGAGACAGGAGAAUCAGUUGAGCCUGAGAAUUUGGAACCAGUCUGGGUAGAAGAGCCCCUGAGAGGGUGGGGGGCUGUCCCAAAGAAAUCAGCCAUCUAGCAAUAAUGAAUAUUGGCCAUAUUCUCUUCCUAUCUCCCACGAGCACCAGCCUCAUGCUGGUCUCUGACCUGUCUCUCUCCUGCAACUUGUCACUGGCCAAUGGAAAUGGAGAGCUGAGACCCUUAGGGACAGACCCACUCACCAAAUCCACCAGUUCCUAAGUAUUCCAGUGUGAGAUGUCCUGCCACUGACAUCUGAGAGCACCCCCUGGCAAUGGGAGAGAAGUGUCUCCAGCGUCUGCUGAAGCCCCUGGACGUCUGGGUCCUCUGACCAACUCUGGAACACCCUGAGUAACUCACUGACUUUAACCACAGUAGUUGAAUGCACUCGAUCCAUGUGUGGCCUCCUUUCCCUCAAGAGCACCCUAGACAGUGCCAAGCACUGCCCAGAUGUGACGUACUGCCAGAGGCGGACAGGGCUCCUAAGUGUGAGGUGUGCCACUAUGUAACAUUUCUAAUAAAUAUAUUUUGUUUCUA